UGCUUCUUUGUCAGUAUCCUCCCUGCGUUCCUUGUUGGUGGGUAAAGCCAAGUCUCAGAUGUCCAUCAACAAAGCAGUGAGGAAGCUGUGCGUAUCGCCCAAGAUUCAUCCUGUCAUUCCUUCUUUGUCCACUGCUGACUCCCCCGCUGUGCAGUCAUCCACAAUAGACUUAGGUGACGAAGAAUUGUUGGUUGCAGCUGAGGAUCUUGAGUCAAGCAUACAGCAGAGCAGAAUAUGCCUGCCAGCUGGUUGGAUCCCCGCGUUGCCAGAGGUUGACCAGCGCUGGAUUUCCAAAGCCCUUUUUCAGUGGUCUCGCUUUGAUCAGCCCGAACUGAACCCGACAAAGGGAGACAAAAUGUGGUGGUAUCCACCUCAACCACCACAGACCCCAAAUGGCAUGCCAUCUUUAGAGCGACACUUUGGCACCCCGCUGCUGUUAUGGAUGCCAAGGAAAUUCUGGCGAGUGCGCUUAGUCUGUCCCCACCCUGACUGUAUCCAGUCAGAGCUUACCUCUGCUGGACUCCAUCAGAGAAUAAAACAAGUGGUCGGUGUCAGCAGUUCUUAUUACAUUGCAUCGGAAUAUCUUGCCUGUAAGAGCUGUAAAAGAAGAGUGAUCAGUUGGAGCAGCGCCAUCAUCUCCCAGCUAGACAUUGGCCACCGUAUCCAAUUCCCAUGUAUAAUGACCUACAGACUGGGGUGUGACAUGACUGUUGUGCGCCUGAUGCGUCAACGUGGCUUGGGUAACAGCAGCAGCCAGCUGCAAAAGCAGCUAGAGGAGCAGCAUGCAGAAACCUGGCUCUGCAAGCAAAUUCAGUUCCUGACUGAUUACAGAGGACUGGCACGUGCUGUCUCUUCGGGUCUGAUUUCACCCAUCCCUCUGGGGGACUUGCCAGUUAUGCCAGUAGUGCCAAAGCACCGUUGGUUAAUGCAAAUAUACGCCCAAGAUGUCCUCAGCCGGUUGGAAGAAGUAAAGGCCUCCAUUACAUCACUUUUUGGACAAGUCAUUAAGAUGGAUUCCACAAAGAAAAUUGUCAGGAAGUUGGCAGGAAAGGCCCAGUCUACAGCUGCUUGGGCAACAAAUGUGGGCAAUGAACAUGGCCAUGUUAUAGCGAGUGUCCUCACAGCUAGUGAGGGCUGGGGGUUGGCAAAGAUGGCGGAGGGGCUUGUGAGGCGGUAUAAGGAUGCUGGGGUGUCUCCACCAGCUAUUUUAUAUGUGGACCGAGAUUGCUGUGAUACAUUCUUCCAGUGCUAUUUGAUAGACGGCAUUUCAAGGUGGAAUGAGGACCGAACUCUGGCAGCAGAGGGAAGACGAGGGCCACACUCUUACAGUGGUCUACUGCGGCAUGCUGCCAACCAGCUGGCCGAGGAGGUGCUUGGCCACAAAAUGGUGGAGUACACCGUACCACGGAAAUACACUGGUGAGCUGUUAGGUAUUGAAUACCUUUACGACCAAAACAAUGCUGUGAUGGAGGACUACAAAGUGGCUUGUGCAACCCUGGAGGACAAGGACAUCACUGUUGCAGAGGAAGAGUCCUGCUGCUAG